AUGGUUAUGGAGCAGUAUCUUCAAGAGGCUGAAGCACAAAAUGAAUCCGUUGAAUAUGGGGCUUCUGUAGAGAAGUGGAAUUCUGUCUCAGCCACAGUUGAUGAGUCAGAAGAUAAUCCUUCCAUUGGUUUUGACUGCAACAUUUGCCUAGACUCUGUGCAGGACCCAGUUGUCACGCUUUGCGGUCACCUCUAUUGUUGGCCUUGCAUUUACAAAUGGAUCCAUUUCCAGAGUGUCUCUGCUGAAAACCCUGACCAGCAAAAACCACAAUGCCCUGUAUGCAAAGCCGAAGUUUCACAAAGAUCCUUAGUCCCACUUUAUGGCCGUGGCCAAACUGCAAAAUCCUCUGAAACCAAAUCCCCACAUCUGGGUAUAGUUGUACCACGAAGACCUCCUAGCCCUACUAGUUGCGGAGUCCACACACUGAUAACAACUGCAGACACCACUAAUUCUCAUCCAGCACAGCAACUUCGUCAUCAUCAAUAUGGUGGCUGGUUUUCUAAAUUGGUGGACUGA